GGAGAAGUUGAAAAGGAUAGGUUGAGUAGGUUCAAAGCAACGAUCCGUCGGACAGAGGCGACACGGGAAGUGUUUCAGUCGAUUUUGUAUGCGCGAAUGCGGGAUUUUUGGAACUCUCAAUCUCUCGUAUCCUCCUCCGCUGCUUGUAAACUAUAUGAUCCUUCUGCAAGUACGUGCACCCGUACGACUAGUAAAGAGGGCCAACUGCCGGGGAAGCUGCCAAAGGACACUGUUACAUCGGCUCAGGAGAGAGCUCGCUUUCUUUUUUUCUCGUUCUCUGAGUCUCCAAAUGUCUUUGGAGACAGCGCAGAUACUCAAAAACGUGUGGAACAGACGAGGCAAUAUGAAGGGGUGCAAUCGCGCGAAAACAUGGAGCAGGCAGCGAAGAGUGAAGACAACGACAGCACGAGACGAGCAGACAGUCCUACAACUACUAGAAAGCGUAGGCCGAGAAAGCAUCGUGGUCAAAAAGCGACGACAAACAAGGGUGGUGGUCACGAUAAUUCCCAUUACGGUAACGGCAAUUGCUACAUUUAUCAUUUUGACUUUUCUACCAGACUUGAGCGCCCGGCAGCACUCCUCCCACUAGGAUCAUCCACCCCCGGCACGCACUUCCUUAACCCCAGCGCGGUUCCGCUUCCCCGGUUCCUCCCCCGCCCGACAACCGUCGGGCGGCGUUGAUCGUUGGGGCAAGAGUUGGGCGGGGGACGGCGUGCGGCCAUUGAUUAAAACGGCACGGAUCGAAGCCGUUGGCAUCUCGGUGCGCUCAUCUUUUGGCAGGUUUGGCCUUCUUUGCGUGCAAGUUGCAGCGCUCGAGUUUGCAACUUGUCGAAAUUCCUCCGCUUGUGAUACAAUCAAAAAAUUUGGAUGGUAACUUUUUCAGUUUCGUUUCUACUGGAUAUAGUCAAAAACUUUGGAUUUCCAGUCUCAAGCUUGCAACUUUGAGACAUUGAGGCGCCGCCUUUGAUCUUAAGUUAGGCGUUCAGCUUUGGGCUUUUACUCUUAGCCUGGAGCUUUCAACUGUGAGUCUUCGGCUUUGAGCGUUUAAUUUUGAAUUUUCAACUUUGAGUCAGUUAAUUUUUGAACUUUCAACUUGGAGCUUUCAGCUUGGAAUUUUCAAUUUUGAGCUUUCGGCUUGGAGGAUCUUUCAACUUUGAGCUUUCAGCUUUGAGCUUUCAACUUUGGGCUUUCAGUUUUGAGUUUUCAGUUUUGACUUUUCAGCUUUGAGCCUUCGGCUUUGAGUCUUCAACUUUGAGCUUUCAGACUGGAGCUUUCAGCCUAGCAGUUUAAUUCUUAAGCUUACGCCUUCGGGCUUGAGGUCGAGGAUAGGCCUUGAGCUGAUAACGUCAAAAGUUUGGGCUUUUUGGGCAAAGUUUUUGAUUUCAACGCCUACGAAUUAAAGAUUAUAUCGCGGCGUGCUUUAUUUUGAUAAGUGCUCGACGUCGUGCCGGGGGUUCGUGUGUUCGUGUGUUGUGUUUGUUGGUUGAUUAGAUAGAGUAGGCGCGGAAAAGUUUGCGAUGGGGGUCGCAUGUUUUUGGCUAAAGUGCUUCCGGCUCAUGUGUUUUUGGUUCGGUGUGUCGGGUUCGGAUGGGAUGCUGGAGGGGUCGUCGUUGAUUUUUUUCAUCUAUCUCUGUCAUAUUAUCUAUCUUAUGACGCCUGCUGGAAUGUAAUCAGAUUUAUAAACUUCCGGGUAUCGGUAUCGCCGUGAAUUUUUGAAAAAUUAUAACUUUUUGAGGUCAAGUUGUAAACGUUUUGACUUUAUCGCGUAAAUUUUAAAUUUAGGGUCCAACUGCGUGACGUCAGAUCUAAGUCUAACCAAUUCCCAGGCCUCGCAAGUUCAUAAGUUCUGAAGUUCUUAAGUUCCGCAGUUCUUAUGUUCCUAAGUUCAUAAGAAUUCAUAAGAAUUCAGAACCAGAAGAAUUCGUAAGAGUUCAGAAGAGUGCACAAGAGUUCACUUCACAGGAGUCCAUGGGAGUUCAUAAGAGUUCAUGCGUUCAUGAGUCAGAAGUGGAAGCGUGAGAGUUUGGGGCUCGGAAGUGGAAGCGUGAGAGUUUGGCGGGGUCGUUGUUGUUUUUUAAUUUAGCUCUUUGAUUUUUCGGAGUCGGAAACGUAAUAGACGACACGAAUCACAAUCAUUGGCAUUAUUUCCAAUUUUUUUGUUGCCUAGUAUGUUUGUACUACAUUCUUACUUUUCCAUCUCUAUGAGAAGGUCACAGAUGAUCAUCAUGAUCAUAGCUCUAAAUUUUGCGCCACAAGAUGACGAUCACGACAAGGACAUUGAACACAAGACCGGCACUUCUUGUGAGUAGUUCUGCGGAAUGGUUAUGUUGUCCACGGGUAGAUGCAAAGCGGGAGACCAGUGAAAACGUCCGUUGUUCUGCAGAUAUUAUAUCCCUAUCCUCAGUUCCGUCAAAAUACGCAUUUUUGACAGAAGCCUUAUCUGAAGUCCUACACUAAGCUUAAGAAGCUUGAAUCGUGAUGAUCAUUAUGCGCGACGUGUCGUCCUCUCAUUUUUGUUUUAUGUUUGCUUCUAGUAUUCAUUGGUCGUUGUUGGUAUUGUUCAAGUCAAUUAGUAUCAUUGCAAUCCCCGCGUGAUUCGGGUUCUGAAAGGAUGUGAAUAUUUUGAGACAGAUCCUCACGAGCUUGUAGUCUGCCAGCACGUGCUUCAUCUGCUGCUUAGGGGUCGUGCGAUAGUCAGUCAGGCAAGAAAACGAAGAAAAGAAAAAUUCGUAUGUGAGUGUGAACUUCUUCGACUAUAAAAAAACGGAACAAGUCGGAAUGGGACUCAAGAACAUGGGUCGUUGAAUUCAUACGUGAUAUCUCGUAUUCUUAGUGGGUUCUGGCCCUUGUGUUGAAUCGUUUUUCAUAUGAUAGGUCGCCCUUGAUUGAGCCGCAACAAGAACACUCGCUGUGUUGACAAUCACACUCGUUCGUC